GAAGGAUUUCCAAAAGCAAAAAGAAAUAGCAUGUCCUGGUUUCGAUCCAGGGGCCUCCGGGUUAUGAGCCCGGCGCUCUUCCUCAUGAGCUAACAUGCUGAUUGUUGAAAGUACGGAACUUAUGAAGCAUUAUAAAGGACAACUGCUACGAAGUCGUCCAGGAAGUUGCAAGUCUUCCACUCGUUUCUCUUCCCUGCUUUUUCACUUUAUGAGUUAUCCAAGGCUCUAGACUCUCGCGGUCAAUUGGUCACCCGACAAACUUUGGCGUCAUCCGGCGAACCUCGGAAUCAGCUGCCAAGAAUGCGGGCCAUGUGAGAUGGCCGUCAGUCCCCGGUGCUCCACCCGCCAAAUGAUCCUUUUCCCCUUCCAUACUCUAGACUCCCUGCACCACUCCAGAUUCCAACCACAAUGGCCCCGUUAACAGCGACUGAGGUUGUCAACCACCCCGCCUACAAGGCUGUGGGCUAUAAUCUGACCCCUACCGUGUCUGGCACCCACCCAGUGGCCCACAACCGUCGCGGGGGCCCUUUCAACCUGUAUUACGAGAUCCAUGGCACGGGACCAAUCAAGACUGUCUGGAUCAUGGGGCUCAACGCCUCGCACCAAGACUGGCGCCGCCAAACCCGGUACUUCGGCCACGAGCACGCCGACAAGUACAGCUGCCUGGUGUUCGACAACCGCGGCGUCGGCCAGUCCGACAAGAACGUCACCUUCUACUCCACGUCCGAGAUGGCCCGCGACGCCGUCGACCUGGUCGCCUCGCUCGGCUGGAUCGAUCUCUCCGCCGCCCCGGCGCGCGCGAUCCACGUCAUCGGCGCCAGCAUGGGCGGCAUGAUCGCCCAGGAACUCGCCAUGUUGAUUCCCGACCGCCUGGCCAGCUUGUCGCUGUGCUGCACUGCGCCGCGCCUUGUCCGCACCGCGCCGUUCAUGGAGAACCUGUACCAGCGCGCGAGCAUGUUCAUUCCCCGGCACAUCGACGUCGAACUGGACCAGUUAGCGCAUUCGAUCUUUGCGGAUGCGUUUCUGACCCAGCCCGAUGAGGAGCAUGAGGAUGCGAGGCUGAAUUUUCCGACGAAGCGCGAUCGGUUCGCGGCAUCGGCGCUGAAGAAAAGGGAGGAUACCGAGGGGUUCACGAAGAAGGGGUUCAUGUUGCAGAUCGUGGCGUGCUUCUUUCACCAGAAGACGGCGAAGCAGCUGGCGGAGUUGGCGGAGAGGGUGGGCCGGGAGCGUAUUUCCCUGCAGCAUGGGACGGAGGAUCGCAUGCUGACGUUGAAGCAUGGGGAGAUUCUGAAGGAGGAGCUGGGCGAGGGGGUCGUGUGGAAGGCCUACGAGGGGACUGGGCACAUGCUGGGCUGGGAGAGAGAAACCGAGCUGAAUGGGUUCUUGGAUGAGUUCAUACAAACGUGGAGCUGAAGCUGGUAUGGAAAUCAGCUCAGAUGCGUUAAUCCCAUGGUAUAGAAACCGUUGACCAAAAUAGCAAGAUGACAAGUGAUCUUGUAUCCCCAGACCCCCCUGCACCGUCACCUGCCCCUACCCAUGACCUUAGUUAUCCCAGGAUGCCAUCAUUAGGACGAGUAAAAAUAGUACAAGAAAAGCAAGCUUUCCCCCAA